AUGGACAAGAGGCUUUUCUCCAAACGGACUUUUCAUUUUCUGACUAUCAUCUUUAUCAAUUUUGAUCAUGGAAUCAUUCCUGCUUGCACUUAAAGAAUUGAAUCAGAUUUCGGAAUUAAUGAAUUUGAAUUGGGUUUGUUGAGUUCAUCUGUUUUUGCUGGAAUCAUUAUAGGAACGAUGAUAGGAGCAGGAAUCUAUGAUAAAUUUAAGACGAAAUCAAUUCUUAUAACUUGCUCUUUACUUUACAUACUGAGUAUAUCGGUAUUUCUCAUUACAAAGAAUAUUGUGUUAUUACAUUUUUCCAGAUUCUUUACAGGGUUGUUUUAAGUAUGCUUCAUCAAUUUAAUUGGCAUUUUUAGUUAUUUAUUUUCCUGUUUGGAUUGA